AUGGCAGAGCCGCGCCCUCUCAGCGGCAUUGCAGCGCCUGCGGCACGAGUGGCCACGUCCACCGUCUCCUUCUACGCUCCUCGCACUCACGGUUCCCUGUAUGCACUCCAACGACCGGCUUUCAGCACCUCCAAGCAAGGCGCUUUCCUCUUCACUGCCAGCCAAGGCUCUAUCGUCACCCCACAAGCAGCUCUGCUUCCUCUCACACUCUCAGCCCCUCGCACCAUCACCGCUCUCCGCACAUUCUCCACCACCGCACUUCCCCGUAAUGCAGCCACCGCCGUACCAUCGUCCAGCGGCUCAAUCAAACCCAUUACAUUCCGCAAUUACCCACUGCGACAUCUCGUCCUCUUCCCUGUACUACACAGCAGUAUCGCCUGGACGCUGCUCGGCCCAACCUACCUCCUGCUCUCCUUCACCAACUUGACCCCACUCCUCCUCGCCGGACCACAAGGAGUCGCAGUCCUCAACACGCGCAUCCCUUCCCUCGUACCCGAUGGAGCACUGUACGGCCUACGUGACGCAAGAGCCGUAGCAGCAAAGCAACGUCCGGAUGCUGUGAGCAAGGGAGUCACAGUAGAAGAGUGGGCAGAGGCAAGCAUCCGUAAAGCUGCAGGGACGACGUGGAGGACGGCAAAGGGUGUACGGGAUCUCGUCUCUCGCGUGAGAGGAGCGGCGGCUGUUCCCUCGAAGUUGGAGCAAGCCGCAAAGGACAUCGGCGAGGAAGCUGAACAGACUGGUGAUUUGGCUGGUGCCGCCUCGGGGAAGAGAGGGGCGAGGGGAUGGCUGAACAAGGCGCGCUAUUUGACCAACUCGCUGGGUGGGGCUGACAGUAGCAGCGAUGCGAGUGGCGGUCAGAGCGAAGGUGGGGUCAUCAACGAGACUCGCGGGAUGAUGAGAUCCUACAUCUCCAAGCAGACGCAUAGCGUUACCGUGCGCGACUUGGCGGAUGUCGUGGGUGCUUGGGUGCUUGUCAAGUGUCUGCUCCCUGUUCGAGUGCCCUUAUCUCUCUGGCUAACACCCAAAGCGGUCCGAUGGACACUCAUGCGUGGUGCAGCGACAGCCAGGACGGCUACGGCUACGACUGCUGGUGCGGCAAAGGCUGGGGUGCCAAAGUAA